AUGCGACCUCAGUUAUCUCAGUGGAACUACAUUGAUUACAAGUCCAACCCAGCAGACGAUGCAACAAGAGGACAAAGUGCAGACAAAUUCAUUAUCAACAAGCGAUGGCUCAAUCGUCUGGAUAUUCUGUGGAAAAAGAGACAGGAACAGUGGGACCAGUUUGCCGGCUUCGAGGAGGGCUGUCCGCUGCCCCUGGAUGACCCUGAGAGCUCCACCAUUGAACCCAAUGGGCGCAACAUUCCCACAUCUCAGUGGACCCAACUUCGACAGGGAACCAAGAGGAAGAGCGAGCGUUCUGACAGCCGCGAUCUGAAGAGGCUCCGCCCCUCUCGCUCCUCGUCCAAUAAGAGAGGCCCGCCCCUCUCCUCCUCCUCUAAGAAGGUGGCGUCCAGCCCGCGCGCCCGCCACGCCGCCGCCAGCUACCGCCACGAGUACUACGAGGAGCGAAAGGGGCGGCGAGGGGCCCGAGAGGUGACCAGAAGCCGCGCAGGAGAGGACGCUCACCGUAGAGAGGCCCCGAGAGGCCUGGAGGCUCUGAGCCAGAAGUUGCGGCGUGCGAGCCCCUCCCCCCAGGAGGAGGACAACCAAUCAGAGGGCGAGGCAGCAGAGUAUGGCUCGGAGCCAGGUACAGGAAGCUCCUCCCCCAGCGCGUCCCACGCAGAGGAAGAUGAAGAGGAGGAUCAGGAGGAGGAGGAGGAAGAGGAGGGCAUGGAGGAGGAGGAGGAGGAGGAGGAAGAGGAGGAGGAAGGGGAGAAGGAGGAGGAGGAGGAGGAGUACGAGCGCCGUGGCGGCGCCGAGGGAAACGACUACGACACUCGCAGCGAGGCCGGAGACUCUCGCUCCGCCUCCUCAGUCAGCUUCUCGGACGACGGAGAGUCGGUCCACUCAGGCUCCGCCUCCGAGGCAUCAGGUUCGGAGAAGAAGCAGGAGAAGCUGUCAUCAUCGGUCAGAGCCGUUCGCAAGGGGAUGGAGAAUCCCACCAGUAAACUGCGCUACAUCUUGCGAGACGCUCGGUUCUUCCUCAUAAAGAGCAACAAUCACGAGAACGUCUCUCUGGCUAAAGCUAAGGGCGUGUGGUCAACGCUGCCGGUGAACGAGAAGAAGCUGAACGCGGCGUUCCGCUCAGCGCGCAGCGUGGUCCUCGUCUUCUCUGUGAGGGAGAGUGGCAAGUUCCAAGGCUUUGCCCGGUUGUCCUCAGAGUCUCACCACGGUGGUUCUCCCAUCCACUGGGUUCUUCCUGCCGGCAUGAACGCCAAGAUGCUGGGGGGCGUCUUCAAGAUCGACUGGCUCUGCAGGAGGGACCUCCCCUUCACAAAGACUGCUCACCUGUCCAACCCCUGGAACGAACACAAGCCCGUCAAGAUCGGACGCGACGGCCAGGAGAUCCAGCCUGACAUCGGCGCCCAGCUCUGCGCCCUGUUCCCAUUGGACGAGAGCGUGGACAUUCACCAGGUGGCUCGCCGAGUUCGUCACAAGCGCCGGACGCCGUCGGAGCCGCGGCCCCGAGGCCGACCACCGCAGCGCGAGCCGGGAAGGCGUCGCCCUGAAGAGUACGACCUCCACGGCAGGAAGCGGCCGCGGGCCGAUGGUCCGCCAGACUUCAACCAGCGAGCAGGAUUCAUCCAGGACCUUCGUAACCAGCCGGUGGACAGACGAUUCUCCGGCAUGAGACGAGAUGUUUUUCUCAACGGGUCGUAUAACGACUACAUGAGGGACUACCACCACAGCGUUGGCCCCCCCGCUCCCUGGCAGACUCUGGCGGCGUACCCGGGCGUGGGCCAGCCGCCCCCCCACCACCCCCCCUACUACCACCACAGCCACCCCCCGCCCCCCCCACACCAGGCCUACCACCACCACCCACUGCCUCCACACGAGGCUCCGCCCCCUCGCUUCAGAGACAAGCAGCGGGCGCCGCCACACCGCGCCUUCACCUCUAGUCCC